GUGAGUGGUGCGUUUGGUGGCGGGCGCUGGAUCUUCUUAACAAGCUCCACCACGGUCUAAAGUUCAACACUUUCCAUUUCUCCCUUUUCUCCUCUUCUCUUGGCCAUAUCCAGUCCUUUGGAGAGCUUAUGCGACUUCCCCGAAAGACUUUGAGGAUGGCAGCGGACAAGGUCCGAGAAGGCGUCUUUGCCAUCAACAAGCCUUGCGGCCAAAGCUCAGCCCAAGUCAUUCGCGAAUGCCAGCAAGCAUUCAAUCCCUCUAGCUUCUUCAAACCAUUGAUCGAUUCCGAGGUCGCAAAGCGCAUUAGCGAAUCCGGCAAAGAGUUCGCCCGUCGCAAGCUCAUCAAGAAAGCUUCGCAGGUCAAGAUUGGCCAUGGAGGAACUUUAGAUCCUCUUGCUACGGGUGUUCUCAUCUUGGGCAUUGGAUCCGCCACCAAGUCUCUUCCCCAGUUUCUGGAAUGCACUAAGACGUACGAGACCAUUGUUGUAUUUGGCGCCGCGACCGAUACCUACGAUCGAGUAGGUCGCAUUCUGACCAAGCGGCCAUAUGAGCAUAUCACUCGUGAAAAAGUCGAGAAGGAACUCGAAACGUUCAGGGGCCGUCAGAUGCAGAUCCCGCCCCUAUACUCUGCGUUGAAGAUGAACGGGAAACCUCUGUAUGAGUAUGCACGUGAAGGCAAGCCCAUCCCACGACAGAUCGAGGGUCGAGAAGUCGAGGUUAAGGAUAUCGAGCUGGUGGAAUGGUACGAGCCUGGGAAGCACAAUCACCGAUGGCCAACCGAGGAAGCUGAGGCUGCAGAGCGCAACCUGGCGGAGCAGGUCUGGAGGGUUAAGAAGCAACAGGAGACCAACAAGAAGUUGAGCCCAGAGGAGAAGCAACAGGACGAUAAAGCGAUAGCGGCGCACGAAUCGUUCAAGCGCAGCUUUGAGGAGCGCCAGGAUGCGCUUAUCAAGGAUGCACCAUCGAAGCGAUCACGGAAGUCCAAAGAGCCUCCCAUGAUGUCUGGCGCUCUUGGACAGCUACCACAACCGACAUACUCUAAUAAGGGGUCGAACCUGGUUCCCGAGUCGCCCGAUACAAGCACACCCCCCCCGUGGAGUGACCAAGGACCUCCCGCCGUGAAGGUGCGGUUAACUGUAACAUCUGGAUUCUACGUCAGGAGCUUCUGCCAUGAUCUAGGGGCCAAGCUGGAUUCAGCUGCCCUUAUGGCAGAGCUCGCUCGAACACGCCAGAGCGAUUUCGAAGUCGGGAACGACAACUGUCUCGAAUAUGAGGAUCUGGCCAAGGGUGAAGAGGUUUGGGGGCCUCAAGUAGCUCGUAUGCUCGAGAGUUGGAGCAAGAACAAGCCACAACCCCCCGCUGGUAACAAGUCGAAUAAGAAGAAAAACGAGGCGAAGGGCAAUGGCUCACCUAAAUGGAAACAAGACAAGCAACAAAGCCACAACAAGGGAGAAAAGCGAAGACGAUCGAAUUCUCCAAACGAGACAGAAUCGCCGCCUCGAAAGGCGAUAGCUCUUGAGUCCCAGGAGGACUCCAAGCCUGUGAAGGAACCCAAGUCAGAGACGCCAAAGUCUGAAACUGCAAAUCGGUCUGAGGAUGAGAAGUCAUGGAACGGCAUUGAGGACUGAGCUGUGGGAUGUUGCUCGUUGCAAGAAGUACAUAUAGCCAGGCCAGCUGAUGUCACGAGAUGGUGUUUCUGAGUUAAAUGGCAAAGCCUAUAAAAGAGUGGCUAGACUAGAAGAUUUCUAAAGCGUCAUAUGUUAUGCCAGGCGUUCCGCGUUUUGCGAGCUACGAAGAAUAUAUACUUUUAUAUGUAUCAA